AUCUAUCCAAACACCUCCCAACACCAUCCGUCACCGUCGGGAGCUAAACAGGGAGGGAUCACGGGGAUCUGGAUUGGAGGUCUUUAACAGAGGCUGUGUUAACGACACACAACCAGCUGGUUUAAAGUAGAUUUUAUAACGGGAAUAAACGCAAACAUAACGGGGUUACCGGGUACCGGGAGGACAGUAUGGGAGAGCACACGGCGUUUCUGCUGGUACUGUUGGCGACCUUGACGCUUUCAUCCGAGGUUCCUGCUGAUGACUCUGUGGGUUUACUAACUGAACCCCAGGUGGCCAUGUUCUGUGGGAAGCUCAACAUGCACAUCAAUGUUCAGAGUGGCAAAUGGGAGUCUGACCCCUCUGGAACUAAGAGCUGCAUCGGCACCAAGGAGGGCAUCCUGCAGUACUGCCAAGAGGUGUAUCCUGAGUUGCAGAUCACAAAUGUUGUGGAGGCCAAUCAGCCGGUCAGCAUCCAGAACUGGUGCAAGAAAGGCCGCAAACAAUGCCGUAUUCACACACACAUCGUUGUGCCGUACCGCUGCCUGGUUGGGGAAUUUGUAAGUGAUGCCCUUCUCGUUCCUGACAAAUGUAAGUUCCUGCACCAGGAGCGUAUGGACCAAUGUGAGAGCCACCUGCACUGGCACACCGUCGCCAAAGAGUCCUGCGGAGACCGAUCUAUGAACCUCCAUGACUACGGGAUGCUGUUGCCAUGUGGCAUUGAUCGCUUCCGAGGGGUGGAGUUUGUCUGCUGUCCUGUGGAGGCGGAGCAAGAGGCAGACAGCGUUGAGCUUGAAGGGGAGGAGUCAGACGUCUGGUGGGGCAGGGCUGACACAGAAUAUUCUGACAACAGCAUGACGCGUCCUGCAGACACUGAACCUGCCACCACCGAAGAUGAUGAGGAUGAGGAUGAAGAGGCUUUUGACAGGGACGACAACGGAGAUGGUGAUGAUGACGAUGAUGAGGAGGAAGAUGACGAUGAUGAUGUGAUCGAUGAGCGUGAUAGUGAUGAGCGAAGUGCUAACAUCGCAAUGACAACCACCACUACCACCACCACUGAGUCAGUGGAGGAAGUUGUCAGAGCCGUUUGUUGGGCUCGUGCUGAGUCCGGCCCGUGUCACGCCAUGCUGGAGCGUUGGUACUUCAUGCCUAAGAAGGGCCGCUGUGCUCCCUUCUUGUUUGGGGGCUGUGGGGGCAACAGGAAUAACUUUGACUCGGAGGAGUACUGCAUGGCCGUGUGCAGCACCUCGUUGCCCACCAUGGCUCCAAGUCCUCCAGAUGCGGUGGAUCAUUACCUCGAAGCUCCAGGGGACGACAACGAGCACGCUGACUUCCAAAAGGCCAAGGAAAGCCUGGAGGCCAAACACCGUGAAAGGAUGUCCCAAGUGAUGAGAGAGUGGGAAGAAGCUGAGAGACAGGCCAAGAGCCUUCCUCGUGCUGACAAGAAAGCUGUCCUUCAGCACUUCCAGGAUAAGGUGGAGAACCUGGAGGAGGAGGCAGCAGGAGAGAGGCAGCAGCUGGUGGAGACCCACAUGGCUCGAGUAGAGGCUCUGCUUAACAGCCGCCGACGCCUAGCUCUGGAAAACUACCUCAGUGCCCUACAGGCCAACCCUCCACGGGCCCGUCAUGUUCUGAGCCUGCUGAAGAAAUAUGUCCGUGCAGAGCAGAAGGACAGGCAGCACACGCUGAAACACUAUGAACACGUCCGCACCGUCGAUCCCAAGAGGGCUGCACAGAUCCGACCUCAGGUUUUGACCCACCUCCGAGUGGUUGACGAGAGGAUGAAUCAAUCUCUGGGUCUGCUCUUCAAAGUACCAAGUGUGGCGAAUGAGGUUCAAAACCAAGUCUCUGUUAUAGUGCAGAGAGUUCAGUCUGAGCUGUCUCAGCAAGUCUCCUCCCUGAUGGGCGUUAGGAUGAGCUAUGGUAACGAUGCUCUGAUGCCUGAUCAAGCUUACAGCUUCGCUCCCAUGGACCCCGGCCUGGACGGAUUGGGCUUUAUCCACCCUGAGAGCUUCAACCAGCCCAACACGGAGAACCAUGUUGAGCCUGUAGAUGCUCGUCCAGUUCCAGACAGAGGACUCCCAACACGACCUGUGUCAGCCCUAAAGCCAGAGGAGAUGCCUGUGGUGCGGAUGGAGACUGAAGAGAGGCAAAGCACCGGAUAUGAAGUCUACCAUCAAAAACUGGUGUUUUUCGCGGAGGAUGUGGGGUCCAAUAAAGGUGCCAUCAUUGGACUUAUGGUCGGAGGGGUUGUGAUAGCAACUGUCAUCGUCAUUACCUUGGUGAUGCUGAGGAAGAAACAGUACACGUCUAUUCAUCAUGGUGUUAUCGAGGUGGAUGCAGCAGUGACACCAGAGGAGCGUCAUCUGGCCAAGAUGCAGCAGAACGGCUACGAGAACCCCACCUACAAAUUCUUUGAGCAGAUGCAGAACUAAAGAACUGCUGAUCAGUGUUUUUAUUUUCAGGCACACCCAAACCCCACUCUCUCUCUCUCUCUCUCUCUGUCAUAAGUUUUGUUCCAUUUUGGUCCCUCACCCUCAGCCCCAACACCUUCAGUUUGUCACCCAAGUACUGUAAUGAGAGAUUUUUAUUGUGUUUUAAAAUGAGGAAGAAGUUUGUAAACCCCCACUCGGUGUGACAGAGGUUUCUGUCUCAGUGAGGGGUUUGGGCCAAAGGUAAUUGAACACAGCCUUCUUUUAUCCCCGAUCCCUUAAAUGUACAGAGCAUCUCUUUGAGCUUAAAUUUACCUGCAAUUGGACAAGGGUGCCCUGUUUCACCUGCACAUACUAGCCAAACACAGUCAAACAUCCCAGUGUUUGUAGUGAACACCCUGUUUGUGAUUCAUAUGAAGUCACUGCAGUGCUGCGUUCACAGUGAGACAAGAAACAUGUAAACCCCAGCACUUUAAUUCCCGGUCUCUCCCUCAUAACUCCGUUUGAUGCAUUUUUUUUUCCUUGAGCUGCCCGAACAUCCCCGCUGCUCUGCUCUCUGAUGAUGACAGCUGUCCUGUGCUUGAUGACAUAACGGCUCUUAAAGCUGGCAGUGGUAGGAGGGGCUCUCGGGAGCGCCUCCACGCACGAUUAAAGCAGGUUUGUUUUUCAAAAAAGGAUGAAAAAAAAGCAGAAAAAUAUCCAUAAUCAAAUAUGUAAAGUUAAAAAAAAAUAUUGAAUGUUUUGUUGUCUGAUUUUUUUAUGUGUAAUAUAUAAAGACAGAGAUUAGCUGUAAGUAUACGUAGUGCAUGGCAAUAUUGAUGACAGAUACCGUAUACUGUAUGUUGAGGUCCUCAGGAGCGGUCCUCCCAUUGGUUACUUUAGAGGGAUUGUACAUUUCUUGUGUCUUCUUUGUGAUCUUGUGAUAUGAAGAAGAAAAAGAGUAUUCAGAAUCUGGUCUGCUUUGUUCCCACGGAUUGUUUUAACCGACCCUUGGCUUAUGACGCUCAUCUCCAUGCUUCACUGUUGUGUUAGCUGCAUGGGCAAAAUGCUCUAUAUGUAAUAUGAAGUGUAAUAGUAUAUGAAAGGAAGAAGAUUUUGUUACUGUUUGCAUUUGAUGCACUCUUUCAUUCUGGAAGUCUGAUCAUUAUCACCAAAUAUUAUUGUUGUCAAGUACCAGAUGUUCAACUAUCACUGCACUUGGGUUGAAUUAGAUUGAGAGUAUAAGUUAAAUUAUAGAGAGGAGGUUUUCUGAGAGCAUCAUUCCAGAUUUAUCAUUCCAGUCUCUCGUCGUGUUACAUAUUUAGAAGAUGGAUAUCAGGCUCUCAAUGGCCCAGUGACGCUCCACCUCUCUGUCAUCUUUCUUUUUUCUAAGUUUUUCACUCCUCCUUCCCAACCCCCCCUUUUUUUUGUGUUAUUUAUGUGCUUUUUCUGGCUGUGUCAGCAAUACUGUACACCGCAGCACUUGUCGGGCCAACAAAGACGAGGACAAUUUUCUAGAUGGAUUCAUCUUCACUCACAUUCCUUCACUAAAUCUCACGCACACAUUCUAUUUUUCUACAUCUCCUGUGUAAACAUGUACAGUGUUUCCGUUUGUCCUGUGGUGGAUUGUUUCUUUGCCUGCAUGUUUGUCUCCGAGAGACUCUCACUAAGUCAUCAUGAAGACGUGACGAACUGCAACUAUCAGUGAGAAAGUGAUAACUCACAUCAGCAUAGAGACACAUUCCCCCCACCCCAAUUGAUUUCAAGCCACCUCCUGUAAACAUGAAUGUGACAUGCAAUAUUUUGCAAUUAUACCAUAGAAAUACAACACAUAUCACCUCUUCACAUCAAAUCUACACUUGUACAGACACAAUUGAAGCUCUUAAUCAGGUGAAUGUUUGAAAAUUUGUUAUUAUGCUCAACCUGGGUGUCUUUUGAUGCUAGUGUUAAAAAAGAGGCUGUGUUUCUUUCAUAGAUUCAGUGACCUUCCUUUAUGUGUAGUUAAAUGAACCAUUUGCUUAGAGUAAGAAAAUGCUUUCUACACCCACUAUGACAUGAAUAAAGUUUUGAAUGUA